AUGGACGACCUUCCCCGCCCCCCCUCGACCCCUUCGACCCCCUCAACUCACACGCACCGCACCCCCCCGGACUCCGACCUGGUCCCGCGCUCCCCGCUCACGGACACCCUUGUCUCCUCCUUCGACCUCGCCGCCGUGCAUCGCUCGCACAGCAAGCCUGUCGCUUGCCUUGACUUCUCCUCUGAUGGCUCUCUUCUGGCCUCCUCCUCCCCCGACGGCGUCGUCGCCGUCUACGCAGCCCUCCAGGGGAAGCAUAAAGCCACCAUCCCUGUCCACAAGUACGGUGCCGGCGUCCUCCGUUUUGUGCAUGGCGCAUCCACACCCGCAGUUGUCGCAGCGUCGACCAGCAGAGACGAUAAGCUCAGACUGCUGGACAUCGAGUCGGAGAGGUAUGUCCGCUAUUUCACGGGACACGAAGCCACAGUCACUAGCGUCUCGGCUAGCCCCGCGGGCCCUGGCUUCAUCUCGGCCAGUCAAGAUGCCUGGAUCAGGGUGUGGGACGUCCGCCAAGACGUCGCCCGUGGUAAAGUCAAGGCCAGCGGCUGUCCAGUCGUGGCCUACGAUCCGAAGGGGCUUAUUUUUAGCAUUGCGUAUAAUGCUCCCAACUGGAAGACGUUGGUCAAGUUGUACGACGCACGUCAGUAUGAGGAAGGGCCGUUUUUGGAGUUCCAGCUUGAUAACCCGUCCAAUUCUGUGCCAUCGUGCUUGAAAUAUUCGUCGGAUGGAGAGUACUUUUUGCUCGUUAAUGCCGACGCAAAUGCCAAUGUCGACGUGUUUGACGCAUAUAAAGGGAAGAGCUACCGUAGGUUUUCGGGACAUCGCAAUGUUAGCGGUAUUCCUUUGGAGGCAUCGUUUAGCCCGGAUUCCGCGUACGUAGCGACAGGAUCGGAUGAUGGGUCGUUGUUUGCAUGGAAUCUAGAAAGUGAGAGGCUUGUGCUAGAGAAGAAGCAGGUUCAUGCGCUUCCGACUGCAUGUACUCUGUGGAAUCCGUACUAUCAGAUGAUGUCAACUUCAUGCCAGAACGUCGUCUUUUGGCUCACAUCACCGCAGGAUUCUUCGUCGGAAUACUAA